AAAGUUUAUAACAGGAAAGAAGGGAUGCAGGUGAACGGAUACAGGGGGAGGUGUUUAUGAACAACCGUUGAAGGCGGGAUUGAGGCAGUGUGUUCUGAACCUUUGGGAUAAAAUUGGACUAUCGGAGGAAAGGAAACAGUAGAAUAACAAAAUGGCUGACCAACUGACAGAAGAACAGAUUGCCGAAUUCAAAGAGGCUUUCUCACUGUUCGACAAGGACGGAGAUGGAACUAUCACCACCAAGGAGCUGGGGACAGUCAUGCGGUCUCUGGGCCAGAACCCCACUGAGGCCGAGCUGCAGGACAUGAUCAACGAGGUGGACGCUGACGGAAAUGGAACAAUAGACUUUCCUGAGUUUCUGACCAUGAUGGCGAGGAAGAUGAAGGACACAGACAGUGAGGAAGAGAUCAGGGAAGCGUUCCGUGUGUUCGACAAGGACGGCAACGGCUACAUCAGUGCCGCUGAGCUGCGCCACGUGAUGACCAACCUGGGCGAGAAGCUGACGGACGAGGAGGUGGACGAGAUGAUCAGAGAAGCCGACAUCGACGGCGACGGGCAGGUCAACUACGAAGAGUUUGUACAGAUGAUGACAGCAAAGUGAAGGCCUUGUACAGAAUAACUUUUCUUGUAUAAAAUGAUUUGCCUUUUUCUCUGUUUGUAAUUUAUCUGUAACUCAUAUCUUCCUGCUGUCCUAAGCCCUCAUCCCAUUUUAUUAUCAUUCUUUGAUAUUUUUGUUGCCAUUGUCUUUAAAAGAAAAAGAAUUU